AGAAGAGUCUCCCGGGAAUAUUCUUUUAUCUGUAAAAAAAGCAAAAAGAAACCACAAAUAAAAGGAACCCUGUAAAAUGCCAUCAAAGCAGAAAACAUUGUUAUUUUUAUCUGGGUUUGUAGCAAGUAUUGGAUCUUUUGCUUUAAUUUGCACAUGUCUGGGAACAGAAGAAUGGGUCUCAACUAAUAUAAAUUUCAUUGCAACCAACCAUUCAGGCUAUAUAAAUGUGAAACUUGGUCUUUUUCAAGGAAGCUUUUCAAAGUUUGUGACUGCAGGCGCUGGACUUGGCAAACAACCAGAAAGGUUUCAAGUUUUGCAGAAAUUAAAUGGAUCGGGCAGCAUUAUAGUUACCCACAUUUUGAUGAUAUUAUUCCAAGCAUUGAGUUUGCUUUGUACAUUCAUGAGUUCUGCAACUACUUGUUUGAACAGUGUGAGCAAUCCCUAUGUCACUUUCUUGGGGCCUCUUGGUGUCUACAUUUGGGUCUCAAUCAGCGCUGUCCUUAUCUUGCUUACAAUGAUUUUGUGUGCUGCAAACAUGGAAAUAAAUAAAUUGCCAAAACAUCUGGCGGAAGUACUGAAGAACGGUCCAGAGGACUUAACUUCAACUGUCAACACCUAUGGAUAUUCUUUCUGGUUACUGCUUCUAAGUAUAUGUCUAAGUAUUGCUACAAUAAUUGUAAUUUAUUACUACCAGCACGCCAGAUAUAGCAAGAAAAAGGAGCACGAGAGACCCCUGGAAAAUGCAUCAAAAGAUGUGAUAUUAUUUUAAAUCAAGAAUCAAGAAAUAAAUGGAACCAGGCUUUGAAGCAGUGAGAGUGACAGUAUAUUUAAUAUUUGUACCAUUGAUGCACAAGUAAACAGCAAUUUCUUAUGUAUAAAGUAACAUUUGUUAAAGGGACAUUAAUAUGUUUUUGUAUAUGCAUAUUAUAUACCAACAAUUAAAGAAGCAUGAAAGCCAACAUUUUAUUUCAUGAUUCAGAUAGAGAAUACAGUUUAAAAAAGGUUUCCAAUUUACUUCCAUUAUCAAAUUUGCUUCAUUCUCUUGUCAUUCUUUGUUGAAGUGAUAUCUAAAUAGGUUUCGUGCACAUGCCUGAAGCACUAUAUGACAGGAAAUAUUGCUGUCAUCUAGUGCUCUUGCUAAUGUACAACAUUGUUGCAAAACUGCAGCCAUUUAGUGCUGCAGACACGUUCACACUCCUGAAUUUAGCUUCUUGUUUUUCAACAAAGGAUAUCAAGAAAACAAAGAAAAUAUGAUAAAGUAAAUUGGAAAGUUGUGUGUUCUAUCUGAAUCAUGAAUGAACAAUUUUGGGUUGUAUUCCUUUAAACGCUGCAUUGCAAAAAAAAUAUUUUUACAUUUCUUUGCAAUCCAGGAACAUACCCCUUGAAAAGUAUAUUUUUUUCUUUACUGUGUUCAAUUAAAGACACAUUUAAAUUAGUUCCUGUACUGAGCAAGCAAUUAUUGUAUAUAAUGUUGUAGGGUUGGGGUUCUGAAUCCUGCAACAUCAGCUUGACAAUUUUUGUGGGCCAUGGAAACCCCCCAAUUUUUUUUUAUCAGAGUUAUAUAUAUUAAGUGGGCAAACAACAAAUAAGAAUACAUUAAUACGUUUUUUAUUAAUUAUAUUUUUAGGGUAAUGUUCCUUUAACAUUUCUGUUAAAUAUUUUAAGAUUUUUUUUCAUUGGGUUAGAUUUUAAGAAGUAAUCCCCCCCCCCCCUUUUGUCAAUUUUUGUCCUCCUAUGCUUUCGUUUUGACAUGGCUGGUCAGUCAGUUAAAUGUUCCUGUGAGGUAACAAAUCAGUCACUCAGUCUUUUGCUGUUUCUUAAAAGUAAGCAUGUAAUGUUUGGAGAAUGGAGUGGAUUAUACUACUGGAAAACAAACAGUGCAACUUUCAGAACAAAUAAAUACUGAUGUUUACAUCCAUUCAGGGUCUGAAUGUAAAUAUUUAAAUUAUUGUUAUAAAAUAAUGUAUACUGAGAUCUAUUAAAUGAUCCAAUAUGAAAUAAACGUAACUCCUUUA